AUGUUGAAGCUGAGAGGGUGGUCCGCUUCUUCUACCGUGGUAUUAGUUGGUGUCGCUGAAGUCAAAACUUCUCGACUCAUCCCCGACCCGGUUUCGAACGACACGCCAAUAUGUGGACUUGUACAGAAAAACUCGGCUCAUGUGUCGUAAAAUGUCG